CUUAGUUUUUAGAGUUAAAACUUAAUUUACUAAUAUAAUUCUAUAUUUGAAAAAGUCCCCGUUUGAGUUUCUUUUGUUUUUAUGCGUCUUUUUACUUUCUUGAAAACCUUUACAAAUAAUAAUUUAGUGAUAUUAUAAUGGAUCCCAUUGCGGUUUUGCAAAAUAGAAUAGAGCAGUUGGAAGCUAAACUUGGCUUGGCUCCGAAUUCGUUACUGGAGGGCCAACAUCAAGGUGAUACAGUAACUGCAAAUUUGUUAAAUACCGCUCAAGCAAUUAAUAAUGCUACUGCGGGUCAUGAGAAGUUGUCUGAAGCUAAAAACAUGGCCAAUGAACUAAACAACUACACUGACCCAAAUUUUGUUGAAAACAUGCAACAAAACAAUAUGAAUAUGCAUGAGGUGGUCGCUGCAGAGCCAGUCAUUAAACAUCAUUGUCACUGUAUGCAUAGAUGUAAGCAGGCUGCCCCAGUGUUAGAAUCUGAAGCUCUACAGCAAGUCCCACAAAUUCAAGAAGCAGUCAACAACAUGCACAUUGCAGCAGCAGAAGUCAAAGCUGAAGCUGAUGUUGUAUCCCAAGGAGUUCAUGAAUUAGCAGAAACAUGUGGUGCUGCAGCUUCAAAUGCAUCUGAACAACUAGCUAAUGUUGCUCAAAAAGUUGAGCAAGUUGAACAAAAAAUGUUUCCAAAGAGACGAAAUGGAUUGGAUUAAAUCAUUUUAUGAAUAGCUUGAAAGUUUUGCGAUUAUGUUAUAUACUUUAUUUAUUUCAUGUUAUAAAUUAAAAAAGUGUAAUUGCAAUAUAAUUAUACUAUAUAAAGCUGGA